AUGGAGGCCCAUGGGACGCUCCAUCUCCCAGGAAAGAGUGGGUACGUUAUGUUGACUGACCGCGUUCAAAAUGUCGGAAUGCCCUCAGCCUCCUGGUAUCCUGGCCAAACGCAAGCUCCCUGGCUCAUGAUGUUCGGACAACGAUUCUUCGGCCUCAAAGGCACGAAGCUCAAUGUCGCCAUUGGCGUCAUUGCAGGGCUGGACUUUCUGCUGUUCGGCUACGACCAAGGCGUCAUGGGCGGUCUCCUCACACUCGACUCCUUCGUCAAAGUCUUCCCACAAAUCGACACCCGGAACCAGGACGGCUGCUUCCUCGGCGCCAUCGUCUGUAUCUGGCUCGGCCAAUGUCUCGGUCGUCGACGAACGAUCUUCGUCGGCUCAGCGAUCAUGGUCGUUGGUGCAGCGAUCCAAUGCUCUGCUUUCGACCUCUCCCAACUCAUCAUCGGCCGCAUCAUCACCGGUCUAGGUAACGGCCUCAAUACCUCGACAGUACCAACCUGGCAAUCCGAAACGUCCAAAUCCCACAAGCGAGGUCAGAUGGUCAUGAUCGAAGGUGCCCUCAUCACCGGCGGAAUCAUGAUUUCGUACUGGCUUGACUUCGCCCUGUCGUUCGCCCCAGGAGAGGUAGCUUGGCGCUUCCCGAUCGCUUUCCAGAUCCUCUUCGCUCUCAUCAUCCUGUGCUUCAUCCUCGGACUCCCCGAAUCGCCGCGCUGGCUUAUCCUCAAAGGUCGCGAAACCGAAGCCAUCACAGUCCUCUCAGCUCUCAGCGACCUCCCCGAAGACGACGAAUACAUCCAAUCCGAAUUCACCGCAAUCAAGGACUCCGUCGUUGACUUCUCAAGCUACAUUCAGCGCCGUCUUCACCAACGGCAAAGACCGCAACUUCCAUCGUGCACUGCUUGGAUCGCAGUCUUCACCAUCGAGCGGCUAGGUCGUCGACCGCUUAUGCUCUUUGGCGCAGCAGGAAUGGCGCUCUCCAUGACUGUCUUGGCGAUCGUGACUUCCAUCGGCGGGUCCGGACCAGGAGUCGUCGCAGCCGUCUUUCUCUUCGUCUUCAAUACAUUCUUCGCAAUAGGAUGGUUGGGGAUGACGUGGCUAUAUCCUUCGGAAAUUGUGCCGCUGGCAAUCAGGGCGCCGAGUUCAGCGCUGAGCACAUCAGCGAAUUGGAUCUUCAAUUUCAUGGUGGUGAUGAUUACGCCUGUGGCGUUUGCGAAGAUUGGGUAUAGGACGUACAUCAUCUUCGCGGUGAUCAAUGCGGUCAUUGUGCCGUGUGUGUACUUCUUCUACCCGGAGACGGCAUACAGGAGUUUGGAGGAGAUGGAUGAGAUCUUUCGCCAGGUGGAGGGGUGGAAGGGCGCUUUCGAUGUGGUUAGGGUGGCGAGGCCGGAUGUUACCCCGAAUCGAUAUGAUAAGCAUGGGAAUCUGCUGGUCAACUAUCUGGAUACCGAAGAGCAUAGACGGCAUAAUGGCAUUCGGACAGAUGGGUUGACGGCGAGGAAAGCUGGGAAUGAGGCCUUUGAGGAUAAGGAGCGGUCCUCGCAUAAUGAGGGAUAUCAUGUUGAGGGUGGCUUUGCUAGCGGAAGUGACAGUGGGAAUGAGAAGACCAUUCGUUGA